AUGAGUCGCCCUCGAGUUCGGACUCUGGCUCUGGCUCUGGCUCUGGCUCUGGCUCUGGCUCUGGCUCUGGCUCUGGCUCUGGCUCUGGCUCUGAUACUAGUUCUGGUUCUGGUUCUGGUUCUGCCGGUUGAUUUUGAACUUCUGGGUAUUGUUGGUUAUAUUGAGGGUAUUGUUCUUGCUGCUGUUGUUGUUGUACCGGAUACUGUUGCUGAGCCGAGUACUGCUGCGGUUGAGAAGGAUGAUAUUGGGCUUCAUAUUGUUGUUGUACUGGGUAUUGCUGAGCUUGGGAUUGGGCUUGAGCCUGGAAUUGAGCUUGAGCUUGAGCUUGAGCUUGAAGUAGCUGAUACUGAGCCUGUGCCUGUGCCUGUGCCUGAUACUGAGCUUGAGCCCGUGCUUGGGCCUGUGCUUGUGCUUGAGCCUGAGCUUGUGCCUGAGCCUGAGCUUGAGCUUGAGCUAGUGCUUGUGCUUGUGCUUGUGCUUGUGCUUGUGCUUGUGCUUGUGCUUGUGCUUGAGCUUGUGCUUGAGCUUGUGCUUGAGCUUGAGCUUGUGCUUGUGCUUGUGCUUGUGCUUGAGCUUGUGCUUGAGCUUGUGCUUGUGCUUGUGCUUGUGCUUGUGCUUGUGCUUGAGCUUGUGCUUGUGCUUGAGCUUGUGCUUGUGCUUGAGCUUGAGCUUGUGCUUGAGCUUGUGCUUGAGCUUGUGCUUGAGCUUGUGCUUGAGCUUGUGCUUGAGCUUGUGCUUGAGCUUGUGCUUGAGCUUGUGCUUGAGCUUGUGCUUGAGCUUGUGCUUGAGCUUGAGCUUGUGCUUGUGAUUGUGCUUGAGCCUGGCCUUGGUACGGUACAUGUGCCGAAUACUGUUGAGUAUUUUGCACCGGAUAUGCUUGCUGUCCCGGGUACUGCUGCUGAUAUGCAAACUGCUGUUGUUGUUGUUGAAGUUGCCCCGCGUACUGAGCUUGUUGAAUGUACCCCGCAGGCCCCGCGUACAUGCUGUAUUCCUGCACACCGGGGACGCUCUGCUGGCCUUCACCAGCGGAAGUAUACUGCGCGUAGUACUGUUGCUGCUGGUGAGGAUUUGAUGGUGGCUGGUUCCGGUUCGGGUCCAUCUCUUUGUGCGGUUUCUAAAGAGCUUGUACUUGUUUGUUUACUUUAG